UGUGAAAAAAGUAUGAAAAGUUUAAAAAGUUUAAAAAAAUUCAUCUAUUUUAGUGAAUCACCUAAAUGGGAAUUAUUAGAAUGUAAAACGAUAAAAUUCUGUGUUGAAGAACAAUCCGAUAAUGUUGAUGAUGAUUUGAAUAUAAAAUCAGGAAAUUUACGUUCACCAAGAAAAUUGAUUCAUAUUUCCAAAAUGAUACAACAACAUAAUGAAGCUAAUCGUCCGUUACCGAUAAAAUAUGAAAAUAAUAAAUUAAUCCUUAGGCAACCAUUCAAAAUUUUAACAGAUAUUUGGGGUGUUUUAGUACCAUAUGAUUUUCGUAAAACACUUUAUAAAUAUAUUGAUGAUAAUUUUGAAAAUUAUAUAAGGAAAAAUCUUCAUACCGAAUCCGUUCAUAAUUAUAUUGAACAUUUAAUACAACGUAAUGAAAAAGAUUUAAAUGAUUAUCCAGAAAUACCAUUAAUUAUAACUGAUAAUCAUGAUGAAUGUUUGAUAAAAUCAAUUGUAAAUAAUAUAAAUUAUCCUUUAAAACCAACAGUUUUUCCCGAUGUUAUUGGUAAUUUUAAAAAAUGGCAUUCCGAUCCAUUUUAUAUAAAAAUCUAUACAUUUGCAUCCGGACCAUUAGAAACACAGAAAUUAUUUUUAAGUGCAUCAACCGAAGGUAAUGUUUCACAAUUUAUAACAAGCGGUUUUGAUGCACAUCAUCGUUUUAAAUAUGAUACAAAUAAAUAUCGUGGUGUAUUAUCAUCAUUAACCGAACGUGAAGCAAAAAAUCUAUUCUAUAUGACUGAUAGUCCGAAUAAAGGUCGUGCAGCAAGGCGUACCGGUAUGACUGUUUUUAUUGUUAAACGUCCGGGUAAUCGUCAAUAUAAUGAUGAUGAUCUGAAAUCAUUUCCAAUUAUUAAUAGUUUUGAUCAAUUUGAAUUUAUUGAAUUUGCAUUUGCUUGUUGUUAAUAUUGAAAUUUAUUACCAAAUGUUGUUAUGCGAAUGUUGUUUAUCCGGAAAAUUUCAUCAUCAUCAUCGUAUAUUACUGAAUUUCAAUCAUUAUUAGGCAAUGAAAAUGUUCAAACAAAUGAUCUUGAUUCAUUUAAUCAGGAUUGGUUGAAAAGUCAUCGCGGAAAAUCCGAUAUUGUAUUGUUUCCAAGAAAUACUAAUGAUGUAUCAAAAAUACUUGGUUAUUGUAAUCAAAAUAAUCUAAAAUGUGUUAUACAAUCGGGAAAUACAUCGCUGGUUUGUGGUGCAACACCAUGGCAAAAUGAAAUUAUUAUUUCGAUGAAAAAAUUGAAUAAAAUUUUAUCGUUUGAUGAAAUUACUGGUGUACUUCAUUGUGAAAGUGGUUGUAUAUUACAGAAUCUAGAAGAAUUUGUAAAACAGAAACAACGUCUAAUUCCAUAUGAUCUUGGUGCAAAAGGUUCAUGCAUGAUUGGUGGUAAUCUAGCAACAAAUGCUGGUGGUUUACGUUUUAUAAAAUUUGGUCCAUUACAUUCAAAUGUACUUGGAUUAGAAAUAGUAAUGGCUAAUGGUAAAAUAUUAAAUUUAAUGAAUAGUAUGCGUAAAGAUAAUACUGGAUAUCAUUUACGUCAUUUGUUUAUUGGUUCGGAAGGUACACUUGGUAUUAUUACUAAAGUUUCAAUAAUAUGUCCAAUGGAUUAUAAAUUUAAAAAAAUAUUCUUAGUCGCAUGUGAAAAUUUCAACAAAUUAAUCGAAUUAUUUCGAAUGGUACAGGAAGAUUUUAAUGAAAAUUUAUCCUGUUUCGAAAUGAUGGAUGAAAGUUCGAUGAAUGUUGUUGUUGAAAAUCUACGUUUACCAUAUCCAUUAUCCCGAUCAUAUCCAUUUUAUUCCCUGUUUGAAUUAUCAGCCAAUGAUGAAUUAUCAUUAGAUCAACGAUUUACAAAACAUUAUGAAAAACUUGUAAAUAAAUCUAUAAUAUUAGAUGGAACAUAUGCUAAUGAUUCGGAUAGUGAAAAAUUUCAUAAAUUAAAAUCUUAUCGUGAAUCAAUAUCCGAAGGUUUACGAUUGGAUGGUUGUAGUUAUAAAUAUGAUGUAUCAUUACCAUUGAAUGUUUAUUAUGAAGUGGUAAAUGUAAUGCGAAAACGUUUAUCAUCAUCAUUAUCAUCAUCGAAUAAUGUUGUACGUAUCUGUGGCUACGGACAUAUGGGUGAUGGAAAUAUGCAUUUCAAUGUUACUUCGAAAAAAUUUGAUCAACAAAUUUUAAAUCAAAUCGAACCAUUUCUUUAUGAAUUUGUUGCUAAAAAUAAUGGUAGCAUUAGUGCUGAACAUGGUAUCGGUGUUAAAAAACGAAAAUUUCUUCAUUAUUCAAAAAGUGAUGAGGCCAUCAAAUUAAUGCAACAAAUGAAACAAUUAUUUGAUCCGAAAUCGAUAUUAAAUCCACAUGUUUUGUUCUAGUAAAACUCUUUUCUCUAAAUCGAGUAAUAAAAGUGUAACCAAAACAAAAAGAAAAAAAUGUUUGUAAUUAAAUUUUUAUCAUUUUUU